AUGUUAAAACGAUUCGUCCGUUCUGCCUCAAUUUGUCAAUCAUCGAUAUGCUCUCACCAGCAUUCAAUCAAUUUUAAAAUAAUAACAUUAUUGAAUAGACGUAAUUUUCAUAAUCUUCCUUAUUUUCAAGCAAUAUUGUCGGAAAAGGAUUUUGAAAAGUUAGAAAAAGAACAACAAACAGAGGAGGAUUUAAAACCACAAUCAAAAUCACCAGAAAUUAUCACCAAUACAACAAGUGAAAAUCCAUCAUCACCACCAUUCAACAACUCUGAUGAUCCAUCACUAUUUGCUGAAUUUAUGAAAAUGAAGAAAAAAGAGGAACACGACAUGGAAGGAUAUAAUAACCCUUUCUAUAGAGAUGUGGAUGAAAAAACAGCUAUUGAAUACCAAGAUGCUAUCAAUGAUAAGGAAUCUACCCCAUUUCCGACAUGGAUGAUGAAUUUCUAUAGGGUUGCCUCUAUUUCUGUUGUUGUCAUAGUAUGUUAUGGACUUGUUGUGGCAAAACUAGAUGAACAAUCGAUUAAUGAACGAUAUGCUCUCUUAGAAAAGAAGAGAAACGAAAGAGAGGAACAAAUGAGAAAUAUGCAAUUUGAAUUGGAAUUAACAACCUCAGUAAAAGAGAAAAAGAGUCUUUUUUCUGGUUUGAAAGCUCUUGUAGAGGAAGAAAAAUAA